UUCCUGUAACUGAUCCAACUUUAUAUCAGAAGGUAUACAGAAAAGAUGGCAGAAUUGGCCAUACAUUUCACCAUGAGUUCCUCUAUGAAUUCCUCGCUAAACGAAACACAAAUGUCCAAUGGCCUGUUGAACCGCGAAGUUGAAAUUCUCCGCAAUCGCUUUUUUGUCAUUUGCCUUAUCUCCACUUUCUAUCUUUGUUGUCUAUCAGUUCUGACGACUCUUUCGAACUGUGCAUUGUUGGUAGUCCUUUAUGAAGACCCAUUCAAGACAUUUCGUCAUCCUCCAAACGUUUUCAUCUUCGGAUUAGCUCUGGCGGAUUUUUUCACCGGAAUCGCAGUGGAUCCACUAUUUGCGUAUUUUUACUUUAAACUCUACAAAGAUACAUUCAACGACGAAGAUUACAACCGCACUUUAAAACUGGCUGGUUUCCUGUCUGGCAUAACAAUGAACGUGUCUUGUCUAACAAUUUUGUCUCUCUCUUGGAUGCAGUUUAUUGCGAUUACGUUUCCACACCGCCACAAACAGCUUGUUACGACGAAAAGGGUAGUAGCUUGCGUUUGCGUUAUAUGGGUUUACUCGCUGCUAUUCUCCUGCUCGUUUUUACUGGGCAUUCCAGAGAAAAUUAUCCAAAAGAUAGAUGUAUUUUUUAAUCUGUCCUUCACAAAUUUCCUCGUCCUCCUCUCGUAUAUUGCGCUACACAUUUCGUACCGUCGUCAAGUUGCUCGUUUAUCUCCGUGGCAGAUCGAUGGCACUUCAGAAUAUCGAAGAAAACGAGACCAGAAACAUUUUGUUGUGGUAAGCUUACUUCUUGCUACAUGUCUACUGAUUUUUGUCGUUCCUGUGACUGUUAUGUGGUAUUUGACGCUUUACUGGAGACCAGAGACUUACGAAGCACAAAUCAAGGCUACAAUGGCGAAUAUUACUAUAGACACGACUCUAUUUCUCAAGUUCCUCAUUGAUCCGUUUAUCUACGCUUGGCGACUUCCUAAAUUUAGGCAGGCAAUGAAAGCAAUUUUUUUGAAGAGACGUCGGGCGUCCUCCAACGGAGCUGUGAAUUUAACUUUGUACAAUUUAAACAUUCAUCCAUCUUCUAGUAAAGUCAGCUGA